AUGUCCAACACCCCCCACAGAUGGCAAAUGGAACUAACAGACUGCAUUGCAUCAUACAUGAAAGCCAGAUUUCAAGAGGAAGUAUUCCACAGACCUUGCACCCUUCCAGAUAUAUUGAUUCCAUUUCUGGUGUUAUUAAACAUCAGGAAAAAUUGGGGUGGAAAAACCUGCAAUGCAGAAGCUGCUGAGAGAUACAUGGAAGUGACUGAGCUGUUCAUUCUGGUGACCAACUCAAACACCAUCCAUGUUUGGUAUUUGCUGGACACUCUCAGCCCAAAAAGCAGGGCCAACAUAUGGAACUGCCUUCAUCUUCUGAGGGAACCACUGUGGGAGAGCAUACAGGCUUCCCCAAAGGCAUGGUGGAUGGACAAGUCAUAUUUCCACAAUGAUGCUGAGUUGAAAGGUGCCAUCAACCUGUCACCUGCAUGGUUUCAACAGGGUCAUGGGGUGGAUGGCAGGGAAGUGUUGAUCUGCCUUGGCAAACAAGUGGAACAGCAGGCAGAUUUGGAUAUGAGCUCCAUACUGCUGAUAUGGAGCUCCACAUAUAGCAGCAUGUCCAUGAUGGUGAAUUGGGCAACUUGUUACCACAGGGAUAUCAAUGGACAGGAUCCAUGGUAUGACAUGCUGGUAACCAUGGGCAACUACCUGCCCUUGGACUUUGUCAUUCCAAUGUUGAAUCUGCAGCUGUGCUACAACCCAGGGAUGAUCAUUGCAUUUUCAGGUUCAGCACUGGAGCAUGGGGUGGGAGCUGAAGAGAGCAUGCCUGGUGUACUACAUGCAUGCCAAUGUCCAUCAGUUGGUGCAUGUUCCCAUGUGUCAAUCACCACAGAUGGAUGA